AGUUUCCACGGCAACAGAGGAGGAGUUUGCACUUCGACCCGUCACCACAUCGGCGGAAAUGAGGAACUAGGAAGUGGAGUGCACGGCUGAUUUGGAAUACCACACAUUUGGUUAAGAUGCAUUAGUGUCUUUUACAGCAGUUUAUUCAUUUUCAUCCACCACAGAUGCAGAUAAUUGAUACCGAUUGGCAUAAGCGGUCAUCCCUCAUGCAGUGGCGUCGCUAGCUGUGUUCGAGAAAGAUGCUUCAGAGGUGACCUGAGUUGGAGCAGGGUGAAUGUGAGGAGUGUUUGCAUAGUGUUACAACAUCAUUUCCUGCUCUGUUAAUAGACACAGCUUUUGAAAUGACAAAUAUGUUAUUCCCACGCUUUUAAACAUAACGUAACAUUUUUAUCGACUCUUGGUUAUUCUUUUCCUGUGAUUAGAAGCUAAACAAAUUGCCAAGGCCAAAUUGAAGUAAUAUACGUAUCAUUCCAUACAUCAAAAUCCAUAAUUUUACACCUGAAGUCAUCAUGUCAUUGGGCGAACAGUCACAGAAGUGGUUUCCAACUCAUGUCCAAGCCACUGUUCUUCAAGCCACAGACCUGCAACCAAAGGGCAAGAAUGGUACCAACGAUGCCUACACCAUUAUCCAGCUGGGCAAAGAGAAGUACUCCACAUCGGUGGCGGAGAAGACCCUCAGCCCAGUGUGGAGAGAAGAGGCUUCAUUUGAACUGCCAGGGCUGCUGAUGGAGAGCAAUCCAGAGGUUUAUGAGCUGUGUUUCACAGUCAUGCAUAGGUCCCUGGUUGGAUUGGAUAAAUUUCUGGGCCAAAAAAUCAUCAACUUAAAUGAAAUAUUUGACAACAAGGAACGGCGAAAAACUGACUGGUACACGCUAGACUCUCGGCCAGGUAAGAAGAGGAAAGACCGAGGCAAGAUUCAAGUUAGCAUCCAGUUCAUGCGGAACAACAUGACGGCCAGCAUGUUUGAUUUGUCUAUGCGAGACAAACCCAGAUCGCCGUUCUCCAAGCUCAAGGAAAGGAUGAAGGGUCGCAAGCAUGACGGUGCCUUUUCAGACACAUCUUCCGCCAUCCUUCCCCGCUCAGGACAGAAUGAGACUGAUUUUCUGCCAGACCAGCACCCGCACCCUCAGGCUGCACCUGAACCCAAACCAAAACGCUCGCUGCUCACUGGGACGCAGAAACUUUCUGCUGCUCACUCCAUGUCUGAUCUGAUAGGAACUCACUUCAGGCCCAAACUCGACUCCAUUAAUUCUAUUGAAGAGAAAGCUGCAUAUCACAGACACUCUCAGAGCGAUGGAUAUGGUUGCCCAACCAGCGAUGUUCCAUCUGACCCCUUUUCCGACAUCGGAGACAACAUGCCCCAGAAAUACGCCACUCUCCCUCGCAACCGCAAUCCCUUCGAGGGAGAUCAGGGCAUGCUGUGGGGGGCAGAGAAGAGAGAGAAGAAGGAGAAAGUGGGUCUUCUGGGCAGAGUGACUGGGAAGAAAGAAGGAAAGAAAACGGCCGCUGGAAUGCGAAUAGGAAGCUCUGGAGACCUGCGAUCUCCAAACCCCUUUACAAGUGAAACCAACCCUUUCGUAUCACACCACAGAUCCAGUGACAACAUGAGAAAUCCCACUAGCAAUGAGGAUCUUACACAGAGAUUUAGAACCUCUCCCGAAAAGAAGCACGGCAUGCGAAAUGAGUCUGAACAUCUGCAGGUGAAUAUGGCGGCCUACAGCAAUCUCUCCUUUGAGGAAGUUGUGCAAGAUCUCAUCAAGCAGAAAGAGGUGGUAAGAAAGAAAGAUGCUCAUAUUCGGGAGCUGGAGGACUACAUUGAUAACCUGCUGGUCAGGGUAAUGGAAGAGACACCCAGCAUCCUGAGAACGCCAUAUGAGCCCAAGAGAAGAGCUGGGAAGAUCUCAAAGAAGUAAAGGAUCCCAAAAGCAUGGCAUUAAGUUUUCUGGCAAAAUAUAUAUUGCUUGUAAAAGGACACUGGAAUGUUGGUUCUGACAGAACACAAGAAUAUAUGUUCAGACACAAACAGGUUUCAUGCCAUAAAGAUUCUUUUAAGUUUUUAAAGAACAACCGAAUAUAUUGUGAAGAAAGAUGGGCAGUAAAUGUGGUGAUGCCAAACCCCCCAUUAGAUUUUUCCUUUAUUUUUAUUUUUUUUUAAAUAAUCUUUGGAGCUGUUGUCCAAUACUUUUUAGAAGAUAUUCUCAAGCAGCCAUUCAUAGUUUAGAGCAUUGCUCUUGCGCGAAGAGACCAAUGUUAUGUUUUUACCGAAAAUAACUGUGUUUAAAUAGACUUUUUCUUUGGAUUCAGUCAGUAUAACAGAAUUGAGCUCUUAAUACUCUCACUGUGUUUUGCGAUGCUCACUGGGAUGGAUUGUCCAUAUGAGGCCUUCAAUUUGCUGUGACUGAAUUCAAAAGCUGUACCAGAUCAAUUGGAAGUGAAAGUGAAGUGACAUGUGGUGUGCUGUGGCGCCCAGGGAGCAGUUGGGGGUUUGUUGCCUUGCUCAAGGGUCUCACCUCAGUCGUGGUUUUGAGCUGUACAUUCACUCUCCCCACCUACAAUCCACCUGAGACUCGAACCCGCAACCUUCGGUUUACAAGUCCGACUCUAUACCCUUUAGGCCUUGACUGCAUCACAAAGUG